AUGUUGUUCAGGGCGGUGGUGUUGCUGCUGUGGAGAGCUCCUGUUAAAUGCCACUUUCAAGGCCUGUUCCCCGCCAUUUUGAACCUGGCCAGCAACGCUCACAUCUCCACCAAUGCCACCUGCGGGGAGAAGGGACCGGAGAUGUUCUGCAAACUGGUGGAACACGUCCCAGGACGGCCCCUGCGCAAUGCCCAGUGCCGUGUCUGUGACCACCACAGUGCCAAUCCCAAAGAGCAGCACCCAAUUUCCAGUGCAAUCGAUGGUACCAAUAACUGGUGGCAAAGUCCCAGUAUUCAGAAUGGGAGGCAAUACCACUGGGUCACCAUCACCUUGGAUUUAAGGCAGGUCUUUCAAGUUGCAUAUGUCAUCAUCAAAGCUGCUAAUGCUCCACGACCUGGAAACUGGAUUUUGGAACGCUCUUUAGAUGGCACAGAGUUCAGACCAUGGCAGUACUAUGCAAUUAGUGAUACCGAAUGUUUAACUCGUUACAAUAUUACGCCAAGAAUUGGGCCACCAACUUACAAGAGAGAUGAUGAAGUGAUCUGCACCUCCUAUUAUUCCAGACUAGUUCCCCUGGAACAUGGAGAGAUUCACACAUCACUGAUCAACGGGAGGCCUAGCGCUGAUGAUCCUUCACAAAAGCUUUUGGAGUUUACUUCUGCACGGUACAUUCGCCUACGACUGCAGCGUAUUAGAACACUUAAUGCUGACCUCAUGACUCUCAGCCAUAAUGAUCCUAAAGAACUAGACCCCAUUGUUACCAGAAGGUACUACUAUUCAAUAAAAGACAUCUCUGUUGGUGGUAUGUGUAUUUGUUAUGGCCAUGCUCGAAGCUGCCCUCUGGAUGAAAUCACAAAGAAAUUGCAGUGCCAGUGUGAACACAACACAUGUGGAGAGAGCUGUAACAAGUGCUGUCCAGGCUACCACCAGAAGCCAUGGAGACCAGGAACCAUUUCUGCUGGGAACAAAUGUGAGAAGUGCAACUGUCAUAACAAAGCAGAAGAUUGUUACUACAAUCAGAGUAUUGCAGAUCAGAAAAAGAGCAUGGAUGUUCAUGGCCAGUACAUAGGAGGUGGUGUGUGUUUAAACUGUACUCAACAUACUACUGGGAUCAACUGUGAAAUGUGUGCUGAUGGAUAUUUUAGACCACAAAAAGUUUCUCCCUAUGAGGAUCACCCCUGCUAUCCCUGUGGCUGCGACCCAUUCGGCUCUCUGAGUUCUGACUGUGUUAAAGAUGAGCACCAUUCUGACUCACAGCGUGGGACUUGGCCAGGUCAGUGUCGAUGCAGAGAAGGUUAUGCAGGAGAGAAAUGCGAUCGUUGUGCUUUUGGGUAUCGGGGCUAUCCAAACUGUCUGCGUUGUAACUGCAGCCUCAUUGGUAGCAUUAAUGAAGAUCCAUGCACAGAACCUUGUCUUUGCAAAGAAAAUGUAGAAGGUGAAAACUGUGAUCUCUGUAAACCAGGAUUCUACAAUUUGCAAGAAAGGAAUCCUCAGGGCUGCACAGAGUGUUUCUGCUUUGGGGUUUCUGAUGUCUGUGACAGCCUAACAUGGCCCAUCAGUCAGAUAUCGGACAUGACUGGAUGGCUUGUUACUGAUCUGUAUAACGCAAGGAGCAUGCAACCCCAGCGAAGCCAAUUUGAUGGACCCCAUCAAAUAAGUAUUAAUAACACUGAGGCUGUGAAAGUACUGAAACAUGCUUAUUACUGGUCAGCACCUGAAAUAUAUCUAGGAAAUAAACUCACAGCUUUUGGUGGAGACUUGAAGUAUACAGUAUCUUAUGACAUUCCAAUGGAGAGUAUGGACAGUGAUAUAGUAUCUAGUGUGGACGUCAUCAUUCAGGGUAAUGGGCAGAUUUUGGGUACAAGAGCAGCAGGCUUAUCAUUGCAGCCAUAUGAGGAGUACUCUAAUGCAGUGAGAUUUGUAUCAGAGAAUUUCAUAGACUUCAAUACAAAAAAAGCGAUAGAUCGGGAGAGGUUGAUGACUGUUCUGGUAAAUGUGACCCAUCUUCUGAUCAGAGCCAACUACAACAUUGCCAAAAAAGCCGUGUACAGGCUGGACUCUGUGACCCUGGAUACUGCAAGUGCAAAUGUUAUAGAUCUUUCUUCAGCACCAGAUGUGGAAUUCUGUGAAUGUCCUCAAGGUUACACAGGAAUAUCCUGUGAGUCCUGUCUCCCUGGGUACUACCGUGUGGAUGGAAUACUCUUUGGAGGUAUUUGUCAACCCUGCAAAUGCAAUGGGCAUGCAACUGAGUGUGAUAUUCAUGGUGUUUGCUUUGCUUGUCAACACAACACAACAGGGCCUUUCUGUGAUCAGUGCUUGCCUGGCUUCUAUGGAAGUCCGUCCCAAGGAACUUCUGAGGACUGCCAGCCGUGUGCGUGUCCUCUGAGUUCUGCUGCAAACAAUUUCAGUCCUACUUGCCAGCUGAGUGAAGGAGGUCAAAUUGUCUGUGAUAAAUGUCUUCCAGGCUAUACUGGUUCUCAGUGUGAAAGAUGUGCUAAUGGUUACUAUGGAAACCCACUCAUGCCUGGACAAUCGUGUGCUCCUUGUGAAUGCAAUGGCAAUGUAAACCCUCAAGAAGAUGGCCACUGUGACACCUUCACAGGACAAUGCCUGAAAUGUCUGGGGAACACCGCAGGUCACCACUGUGAAAGGUGUGCUGAUGGGUAUUACGGGGAUGCAGUGACUGAGAAGAGCUGCCAUGCCUGUGCAUGCCAUGUGAACGGUUCCCUUUCUAGUACUUGUCAUCAUGAGACGGGCUUCUGCCACUGCAAAUCAAACGUGAUCGGAGAAAGAUGUGAUAAGUGCUUGAAUGGUUAUUAUGGCCUGCUUACUGGGCUUGGCUGCGUUCCCUGCAACUGCAGUCAGUUUGGCUCGGUCUCUGAGGCCUGCGAUCAUCAGGGGCAGUGUCACUGUGUACCAGGAGUGGCUGGAGAAAAAUGUGAUCGUUGUGCUCAUGGCUUUCAUGCAUUCCAGGAUGGUGGCUGCACACCCUGUGAUUGUGCUCAUACCCAGAACAACUGUAAUCCUGAUUCUGGCCAAUGCAUUUGUCCCCCUCACACUCGGGGACCAAAAUGUGAACUCUGUGAAGAAAAUCACUGGGGACUCUCUCCUAAACUUGGCUGCAAGGAUUGCAACUGUAGCAACACUGGUUCAGCCAAUCUCCAGUGUGAUGUACUGACGGGUCAAUGCCAGUGCAAAGUUGAAUUUGGAGGACAAGACUGUUCCAGGUGUGCGUUAGGCUACAGGGACUACCCGGACUGUGUUGCCUGUGACUGUGAUUUGAGUGGAACCAAAGCGGAGAUGUGUGAUGACACUGAAGGACUUUGUGGUUGUGAAGAAGAAACUGGCAUCUGUACCUGCAAGGAGAAUGUAUUUGGUUUGCAAUGCAGUGAGUGUAAACCUGGAACUUUUGCUCUGUCUGCAAACAAUGCACUAGGCUGUACUCCAUGCUUCUGUUUUGGGAUGUCCAUGUUUUGUUCGGAACUAGAAGAUCACGUAAGAAUUCCUAUAACUUUAACUCCAGAUCAGUCCAUUUUGCGUGUAGUAGCACAAAGUAACCUGACUGGAACAGUGGAAGGAGUAUUUUCGCAGUUUCCUGAUGUUUUACUGGAUGCUGCCGUAGUCAGAAAAUACUUAAAUACAGAAACAUUUUACUGGAGGUUACCAGAGCAGUUUCAGGGAGACCAGCUCAUGGCCUAUGCAGGGAAGCUGAGAUAUACUGUUGCUUUUUAUGCUUUGGAUGGCUUUGGAACCUCAAAUUUUGAGCCACAGAUUCUAAUGAAGGGAGGUCACACCAGCAAGUUGGUCAUCUAUGUAGACAUCCCCGCUCCAGAAAACGGAGUAAGAAGUGACAAGGAAGUGGAAAUGAAGGAGGAUUCUUGGAAGUAUUUUAACUCUGUGUCUGACAAGCCUGUCUUACGUUCCGACUUCAUGUCUGUGCUAAGCAAUGUUGAAUACAUCCUUAUCAAGGCAGCUUAUGGCCAAGGAUUACAGCAAAGCAGAAUUGCAAAUAUCUCAAUGGAAACUGCUGUGAAGUUUGAAGAAAUGCAUCUAGGCAGAGCUAAAGCUCAUCUUGUAGAGCAAUGUAGGUGUCCUGCUGGUUAUGCUGGAUUGUCCUGUCAGAGCUGUGCUCCGGGAUACUACAGGGGAAAGCACACAGAACUCAGUGUAAAAGAGCCUCACGCUCUGAUGACACCUUGUGUGCCAUGUCAGUGCAACAACCACAGUGAAACCUGUGAUCCUGAAACUGGAAAGUGCUUGAACUGCAGAGAUAACACAGUUGGUGAUUACUGCAGUGCUUGUGCCCCAGGCUACUAUGGGAAAGUACUUGGAUCUGUCAACGACUGCUCUCUUUGUGCCUGUCCCAGAGCCAACCCUGUUAGUUUUAGUCCCACUUGUGUCCUGAAAGGUGUUCAGGAUUACCAGUGUGAUGCUUGUCUCCCAGGAUAUGAAGGACAGUACUGUGAAAGGUGCUCCCUUGGCUAUUAUGGUGAGCCUCAGCUUCCCGGUGGCAGCUGCCAUCCAUGUCGGUGCAAUCCCAGUGGCUCUGUUCAUGUUAAUUGUGAUCGUGCAACUGGCCAGUGCCUCUGUAAGCAAGGUGUGACAGGACAGCUCUGUGAGGAGUGUGAACCAAGACAUCUUCUUGUGGAAGACGAGUGCGUUUCUUGUGAUGACAACUGCACAGGAGUUUUGUUAAACAGUUUGGAUCAUCUCAACAAGGCCAUGCUUUCGAUGAACCUCACUGGUGUUGCCCGUGUGCCCUAUGGGAUAUUGGCAGAGUUGGAGAAUGCAACAAAACAUCUGAAGGGGUCUAUAGUUCCUAGAGAAGAUCCAACUUACUCACUAACUACAGCAAAAGAAACUCUUCUGAGUUUGUCAGGAGGAAUUGAUCAGCUGCAUGAAGAGUCAUCUAGAUUUUUGAAAAAAGCUUGGAAGCUUAACACUGUGACUCAGGAAACCAGGAAUAAAAGUCAAGAGCUGACUGGAUUUAUUGACACAGUACAUGCAACCAUCAAAGUACUUGCUGAAGUUGCUAUGUCGCUAAAUGAAACACUGGGCCUGCACCUCCCGCUGUCAAAUGCUACAUCUCAGAGCCUGCAGGACGAUAUUUCUGCCCUUUUGGAUGCACUGCGCAAGAAAGAUUUUGCUCAACAGCACCAUAAUGCUAGCAGUGUCCUGAAAGCUGCAGAAAAUUUGUUGAUCCAGGUUCAGAAAGAGUAUCUUAAACCCCAGGAGGAGCUUGCUGAACUAAAAAAGGAUGCAAGCCAGCUCUUGUCAAAGCACAACAGCAGACUGCAAGAUGUCCAGGAUCUGGCGAAUGAGGCACUCGCUAACGUCAAUGAGACCAAUCGCUUGUUUCCUCUUAUCUCUAGCAACCUGGCAGAGUUAAAUGACAAAAAGCUAAAUAUAAAGGAAGGUGAAGAAGUCUCGACCGCACUCAUUAAAGAAGGGGAGGUCCUAGUAAAUGCUGCUGCUGCUCUUGCCCAAGAUGUAAAGAACUCUACAUCUAACCUGGAGGUCCACCAGGAUGGGUUAGUCCUAUGGAGCACCAAACUGCGACACCACGUGGAUGAACUGGUGAUGCAGAUGUCUGUGAGAGGAGUGCUUGACCUGGUAUACAGAGCUGAGGAGCAUGCCACCCAGUUUCAAAGACUUGCAGAUGCACUAGAGAGUGGCCUCUCUAAAGUAAGAAAUGUGACUCUGAACACAACUGCUGCUGUCUACGCCCACUCCAGUGUCAAAAGUGUGAUUGAAAGAACAGAGAGUUUGGCAGAUGAUGCAUCUAGAGUUGUGAAUGGCCCCUUGUAUUUACCAGAGGAGUCUCUUGGUGUUCUUGGAAAAGAAACUCUACUGCUUAGCUCCAAAUUUCAGAACGAAGCUAAAAAUGUGAAGAAAAAAAGUGAUGACCUUUUAUUUGGAUUGAAUGGGUUGAACAAAAGGGUAGAAAAGAUUCAGAAAAGUACUAAUAAAAUUGUCAACCAGCUUAAUGAUUCCCUGUUGACACUAAGAGCAUUGCCUAAUGAUGCAAGGAAAUACAUGUUUGAGGUGAAAGAUCUGGCUAUGUCUGCAAACACCAGUGCUGUGGUGGGUUUAAGUCACUUUGGGGAUUUCAAUCAAAAGCUGCUGAAUACUUCUUCUACAUUGUCCCGAGUUAAUGACACAUUGAGGAAAACUAGUGAACUUAUAACUGAUUCAUCAAAAGCUGCAGUCACAGCUGAAAAACAAGUUAAAGAAGUUGAAGCGCAAGCAAGUCUUUUAUUGGAUAGGCUGAAACCUUUGAAAAUGCUAGAGGAGAACCUGAGCAGAAACUUGUCUGAAAUUAAAGAGCUCAUCAGCCAGGCCCGCAAGCAGGCAGCUUCUAUUAAAGUUGCAGUAUCAGCAGAUAGAGAUUGUAUUCGUGCUUACCAACCCCAAAUUUCAUCUACAAAUUACAACACCUUAACACUCAAU